AUGAUAACCGCUGAGGUAAAAUUAGCCGUUAGCCUACGCGCAUGCGCAGUCCGUUCUGAUUUUGAACCAGAAUGGCGGUGUUGCUAGAAACAACGUUAGGCGACAUUGUAGUUGAUUUAUACACCGAGGAAAGACCUAAAGCCUGCUUGAACUUCUUGAAGCUUUGUAAAAUCAAGUGCUACAACUACUGUCUCAUUCACAAUGUCCAGAGAGAUUUCAUCAUCCAAACCGGUGACCCUACUGGUACUGGCCGAGGAGGAGAGUCCGUGUUCUGUAAGCUGUACGGGGAUCAGGCACGCUUCUUCGAUGCAGAGAAGGCUCCCAGAAUCAAGCACAGGAAGAAGGGGACUGUCUCCAUGGUGAACAAUGGCAACGAGCAGCACGGAUCUCAGUUCCUCAUCACUACCGGAGAGAACCUGGACUACCUGGACGGCGUUCACACCGUGUUCGGGGAGGUCACAGAGGGAAUGGACGUCUUGGCCAAAAUCAACGAGUCAUUUGUGGACAAAGACUUCAUUCCUUACCAGGACAUCAGAAUAAAUCACACUGUCAUUCUGGACGACCCAUUCGAUGACCCUCCAGGUCUGCCAGUGCCGGACCGAUCCCCAGAGCCCACGAAACGACAGCUGGACAGCGGCCGUAUUGGAGCUGAUGAAAUGAUAAACGAUGCUGAUGGGAAGGAUGCAGAAGAGCUGGAUGAACUGAUAAAAGAGAAGGAAGCAAAGACACAAGCCAUCUUGCUGGAGAUGGUUGGCGACCUGCCUGACGCAGACAUUAAACCCCCAGAGAACGUGCUGUUUGUGUGUAAGCUGAACCCGGUCACCACCGAUGAAGACCUGGAGAUCAUCUUCUCUCGCUUCGGCCAAAUCCAAUGCUGUGAGAUCAUCAGGGACUGGAAGACGGGCGAGUCUCUGUGCUACGCUUUCAUCGAGUUUGACAAGGUGGAGGACUGUGAGAAAGCGUUCUUCAAGAUGGACAACGUGCUGAUCGACGACCGACGCAUCCACGUAGACUUCAGCCAGUCUGUAUCCAAGAUCAAAUGGAAGGGUAAAGGUGGGAAGUACACUAAAGAUGACUUUAAGGCUUAUGAGAAAGACCUGGAUAACCGAUCCAAACUGGCUCUAAAAGACAAAAUCAAACCCAAGCAGGACUCUCGUUACGACCUUCUUCUGGACGAGGAAGAGGAGGAUGCGGGGAGGAAGGAUGACCGGAAACAGCGGGAGAAGAGACGGCAGUCGGACGAUGAAGACGACAAGAGGGCAAAGAAACCGAAAGAUGCUGCGCAGAGCUGGAGAGAGCGGAAAGAGAGCAAGCAGCGAUCACGGUCUCGCUCCAGAGACAAGGACAGAUACAGAGAGAGGGACAGAGACAGGGACAGUCACCAUAAUAAACACAGUAAGCACAAGCAGAAAAGCCACAAACGUGAUCGCAGCCGCAGUCCAAAGAGGUCAAAGGACAAAGAGCACAGCCGGCAGUAUCGCUGAUUUUAAAAAGGGGGGGAUGCGCAUCGUUAUGGGACGCCAUCAUACACCGUCGCAGGGUGACGUCCACAGAGCAAACACAAAGUGUUAAUUAAAUGUUAAUGAGUAUGAGACAAAAUGGCAGCUGGGCAUCAAAGCCUAACCACAAAAGGUGUGUAAUUAGUUUGUGUUUUUGUUUAGAAAAGAACAUAAUAGAUAAUGUGGGUGGGAAAUGUCCUGAAAUAUAAAUAAAUUGGAUCCUAAACACUUGAAGGAUUUUAGAUUUCAUUCCCGUUGGGAUUUUUCCUCAUAAGGCUCCAGCCGUCAAGCCCCAGUCCCGACUCCUCAGAUCCACCUUAACAUAUUUAUUCCCAGAUACGAGAAACUGACAACAGAACGAGUUUAAUAAUUAACUUAAAGCCCUCACUACAUCCUUCUUUUUAUUUUGUUUAUUUCUAUGUAGGCCCCCCCCCGGUGUACAUCAUGCGUCAGUGCGAGUUUAGAAACGUUACCUAAACUGUCUCACGGCCUCGUAUCACAUCUGCUCAAAUAAACAAACAUCACAAUCACA